CCCCCACAUUCACCGCUGCUGGCGGCGCUCAGGCCCCACACGCAUCCUCUGCACUCGACCGUCACCUUCGGCAGCCUCGCCCACGGCUCGCAGCCUGCCCACCAGUCCGCCGCGCGAGCAGGCCGUCGCUGGGAACAAGCAAGCGCUGCCUCCACUGGGUCGUGUGACGGGGCCCACGCUCGGACGGCGCCGGCGCUGCGGUGACGACCUGCCUCUCCGCCCUGCCCUCCCGUAGCGCUCAAGAUGGCCCAUCUGCUCGCCGCGCUUGAGGCGCGCCUCGACACCGAGGUCAAGAUCGCAGACGGCGCCGCCAAUCUGCUGCGCGUCUUCGAUGCCGUGGCGCCGGGUGCUGCGGCUGCGGGGCCGUCGUCCUCCUCGCCUGCGCCUCUCACACGCCCCGAGCGGCCGCGCCGCCGCAUGCCGCGCAGUGCUCGCCCGAGCAGCAGCGGCAGUGCGGCGAGCAGCGGGCGCGGCAGCCCGCCGGGCAGCAGCGGCAGCAUGCAGGACAGCGACGCCGACGGCGGCCGCGCCGAGGCGCAGAACGGCGAGGCGCAGGCGGGCAAGGAGGCGCUGCGACGGCAGGUGCAGAAGGAGCUCGACAAUGCGAACGCACGCAUCGUGAGCCUGGUGCGGCAGAUCGACGAGCUGAAGAUGCGCUACUCGCCGACAUUCAGCACUGGCCCGUCCGGGUCAGAUGCAUCGUACGGCUUUCCGACGCCGCUGCCCAUCUCCUCGCCGCUGAUGGACGACUCGAGCGGCGGCCUUGGCCUGCGCUCACCUCGCGGCUCCGCCUUUCCGCUCCACUCUGCGCCCGACACGCCCUUCACGCCGGCGACUGGCGGGCUGGGCAUCCUCGAUGCGUACGAGGUGGCGCUUGAGGACAGACAACCAGCAGAUGGCCCAUCGGAUGAGGCCUUCCUGGCACGAUCGCGUGCUGCCGCGCUGGUUGACACACUGCGAUCUUUGGGACGAGAGACGCAAAAGCGCAUUCUGUCCGAUGCUUCAGAGAUGGCACAAUCGCCGCCAGAGUUCGCGCCAAUCUCUCCGCCUACGAGGCACAUGGGUCCACCUGCCACUCCGAGCACGACGCGCAGUGCACAACGGGCCCGUGCGGCCGCUCAGGCCAAAGGCGAGAGCGCGCAUGUCCGCACGCCCAGCCAUGUGGCCGGCCUCGGCGACCUGCCGCGCCGCAGAGUCGAGACGCUGCUGCAGCUGGCAGACGUUUUGCAGCGCAACCCUCGCGUGCGCUAUGAGCUGGCUCCGGAGGAGAUCGUUAGCGCCCUCGUGCCCUGUCUCGCCGACAGUGCCGGCAAAGAAGUGCGCGCAGCCGCGUAUCGGACGCUCAGGCAUGCCCUCGUGCGGCCGCCGUGGGCGCUCGUGCAGCAUGCGCGAGACCGAGGUCUCGACCUCUACCUCAUGUCGACGCUGCUGCGCGACAAUCGCUUCGAGGCGGAGCGCGAGCAAGCCCUCAAGCUCAUUCGUGCAAUCAUGGUCGCAGGCGCUGAGCCCAGUGCAAACGGCAGCGGCUCGGCGCCAGCAUAUCCUGAUCUGAUCAGCCCGGGCACCGUGCGUGCACUUGUCAGCUGUGCAGAGCACACCAACGACAAGCUUCGGCACUUGGCUCUGCAGACACUGACUGAGCUGGCUGUGCUGGACACAGCGCUCUUGGUCCGUGGCGGCGGCUUUGGUCUGGUGCUGCACGCCGUCACCGAUGGGCCGCCCGAGCUGGCCCCGGCGAUUGCGCAGUGUGUCCUGCUGCUGGCCGACCUGCCGGCCACGCGCUGCUUCUUCAAGGCAGGAAACGACAUUGAGGCCGCUCUGUCCGGCUUCACUGACGCGCCUGCAGUGACUGGUCUAGCGUACGCCGACCUCCUGCGGACUACGUCGAGCGUCAUUCUCGUGAUGCUGCGAUCCUGGACUGGUCUCCUCUAUCUCUGCAUCAACGACCGACAUGCAAUCCGCUCGCUGGUGCUGGCGCUGCGCGUCAACAGCAACGAAGUCCGGACCGCCAUCCUCGACGUGCUCUACGAGGCAUUCAGCGUCGCCAGUCAGGCCGGUCUGCCAGCCAAGGGCUCGGGCGACACGGUCACCGGCAGCACACACCAGCGGUUCCCGCCGACAGGCGCACAACGCGACCAGUCCAGCGGCUCAACGCCGCGCUUGAACCUGCUCCACGACUAUCUUGCGCUGCUGCUGGUGGUCUUCGUCGAUGCCGGCCUUGUCGAAGCCAUUGUGCACGUGCUAGAGUCUGCGCCCGAGCUCGCACGGCCUGCAGCGCUACUCAUGGGCGAGAUCUUGCACCUCGCCAAUCGCCUGCUGCCACGCACAUUCUUCCACAGCGCGCGCAUCCACGCCAUGCCGCACCUCUUCGCGAUGGCGUCGCGCUUCGGCACCGGCGACGAGCGGCAGCGGGCCACUGGUGCUCUGGCGGCCAUCGAUCUGCAAGCUCGGCAGCGUGUCCGUGAUCGUGCAGCGGCCCGCGAUGGACGCACGAUGCUCGCCCGUGACGCCUUGCCGGGAGCGACUGGUGCCGCACUCGACCGCCCGACGGAGAAGGCGAAGCUCAAGGUGAACAUGCAGAUCGACGACACGGUAUUCCGCAACAGCCUGGUCGAGACGCAGGUGCUCAACACGCGCGACCACACGCGCUGGAACUUCGACCGGCUCAUCGAGCUGCUCGAGGGUCCACUGAUGAACCCGCGCCGCCUCGAGGAGGCCUCGCGCGGCUCCAAGUUCAUGCGCCGUCUGCUCGCCUUCUUCCAGCCCUUUUCCAUGCGCUUCUCGGCAAUCCCGCGAACCGCUGCGAAUUGGAAGUACGUGCGUUUGGGCUGCGUGACGUUCACGACGCUGCUCUCGAGCCCCGACGGCGUGAAGUUCCUCGGCGAGAACAAGCUGCUGCGCGAGCUGCGAGACUGCCUUGAGCAGCUUCUGCCAUACGCGUCGGGCGCGGCGACCAACAGUAGCGAGCUGAUCCUGUCGAGGAACCGCGUCGCCGAGACGCUGUCGAAUGGCUAUUUCGAGAUGCUGGGCGUCCUGACACGCUCGCCGGACGGCAUGGCGCUCCUUGAGCGAGCGCAGCUACCGACCGCGCUCUACUCGGUCAGCGAGCUGCGCAGCCGCGACGAUCUCAUGCGUCUGCUCGUGGAGACCUUCGACUACAGCUUCGACGGCCACUGCCGCAUUCUGCUCUCCAAGGUCCUCACGUCGACGUACGAGCCCAUGCGCCUCUUCGCCACCGGCCACCUCGCCAAACUGCUGCAGCGGUACCCAGACGCCAACUCGUGGGUCGUGCGCUUGCUCUUGACGCAGCUGUACGAUCCGUCGGCCGAAGUGCGCGAGCUGGCCGCCAGCAUCGUCAAGGAGGCAUGCAGCUCCAGCGGCGUGCUCGAGGCUGUCGUGGCGAUGCGCCCAGUGCUCGAGCACCUCGGCGAGUCGGGCCAUCCGCUGCUGCUCAUGUUCCUCUCGACUCGCAUCGGCCUGCGCUAUCUGCUCGACGCAGGCUACAUCGAGCGCGAGAUGGACUCCUGGUUCCACUACCGCAACCUGCGCUACACGAUCCAGCUCGAGGUGCUGCUCGCGCGUGCGUUGAACCCGCGACGAGCGACAGACGACGCACACCUGGCGCAAGAGUUCGACGGCGUAGUGCCGAGCCACUUCUACGGCGAGCUGGCAAAGACGCGCGAAGGCUGCGAGGUGCUGAGGCGCAAGGGCCACUUUGCCGAGUUUGCGCGCUUCAUCCGCCAGCACUGCCGCGAGAGUGCGGACGUCGAGAUCUUGGCAAAGCUCAAGAGCGUCCUCUGGGCGGCGGGCAAUGUGGGCUCAACGUCUGACGGCUUCGCGUUCCUCGAGGAAGAGGGCCUUCUCCCGGUCAUCGUGGAGACGGCCGAGCAGUCGCCCGUCCUGAGCCUCAAAGGCACGUGUUUCUUCGUCAUCGGACUGCUCUCCUCGACGGAGAAAGGCGCCGAGUCGCUGCACGACUACGGCUGGGAGGCCGCAUCCAGUCCGCUCGGCAUCUCUCUCGGCAUCUGCCUGCCUUCGGAUCUCGCAUCGUUCGUCUCCAUUCCGCCCUGGACUGUGCGGCGCGACACGCACCUCCGCUACCUCGACUUUGCCGAGCCAGAGUCGCGCAUCGACCGCUCGAUCAUGCUGUGCGUCGCCAAUCUGGGCAACUCGAUCCAGGCGAACAAGGCAUCGCGCGCGCUCGGCAAGCUCAAGACGCGGUACCCCGCCGCGUUCGAGAACCCGGCCCUCAUCUGCCGGACCAUCGAGGUGCUGGAGAGCCAUCACUACCGCCAGCCUGUGCGGCGAUACGUCUGGGAGCUCUUCGAUGUGCGCGUCGACGAGGACUUCGUCGAGCGCCUGGCGGCUGCACGCUCGCGACUCCUAGCACGCCGUCGCGACGCGCUCACGUCGACGCCCUUCGAGCCGGAAGCUGCGUCGAGCUUCGCGCCGCUGCACAUGCACGACGAGCAGGCUGCCGAGCCUGACGACGGCCUCGACGAUCUCGUGUCGCAGGUCAGCAUGUCUGACGACGAGGACGCGGGCGACCGGGCUCUCGGCGCAGACCGCAUCGACGACUACGGCCUCGAGGUGAGCAAGAGGGACGGCGGCUCUGAGCUGCUCAUACUCACACAGCCCGCACCUCAGCUUGGGCCCGGAGCGCCCAAAGCGGAGAUGCUCGCUCGCACCGUCCUCACUCCACGACACAUCCUCAAGGGCGGCUUCGAGCCGGCCGAGGCGGCGCCGCCGCCGGAAGACCACAGCCGCUUCAGCCGCCAGCUUCCUGUGCCCUCGCUGCCCUUCGGCCGCGAGCGCCGCUCUGCGAUCCUGACGUAGACACACGAUACCCUGCGCUAGGCAAUAUAUCAUUGCGUGCCAUACGCUGUGCCGCAGCUUUUGCGUGGGCAGCUAGUACUCGAGCGCAAGCUCGCCAGCCUCGCCAUCGCCGGCGCUGUCCAGGUCCUCGUACCGCUUCGGCGCGCCUCGUGCUCGCUGAGAAAGACACAGUGAGCUCACGAGCACG